AUGACGACUGCCGCGGCGGUGCCGGGCACGAGCGAGAGCUGGGCGACGACCACCGCGGCGGUGGGAGGAGCGGGAGAGACGGACGGCCGCGCCAUGGGGGCGGCAGAGCUGACCGGGGCGGAGGCGUCCGCGGCCCACCACGGGCGGACGCCCACGCCGGGGACGCCUGGGGCGCCGAGCCCGCCCACGACCCGAAGGGCAGCUUCCUGGACUUCGACGCCAAGGGCAGCAACCUGCAGUCCUCGCGCGAGCUCUUCAUGCAGCAGCUGCGCGCGAGCCAGGGCGCCCAGAAAGGGCGGGAAGCGCAGCCGCAGCCGGAAGCGCAAGCGCAAGCGGAGCUCCAGCAGUUCGGGCAGCUCCAGCAGCAGCAGCAGCAGCAGGGGCAAGAAGCGGAAGAAGAAGAAAAAGGAAACGAACGAAGCGAAGGAGACGAAGGCAGCGGCUCCAGAGGACGACGCAGAGCGCAUCAACCGAAUCAAGAAAGCAAGGGAGAUGCGGAAACGCAAUGCUGCCAGCGAUCGGGCCAAUAAGGCAGACGAUUGCGGUACGAUCGACGACUGA